GGGAGAGCCGCGCGCGGCUGCGAUCAUGGCCACGCACUUCACGCAGGACGCGGUGCUCCACUUCCUGCAGAGCCGCGGGGGUUCGGUGAAGAACGCCGAGCUGCUGCAGCACUUCAGGGACUUCCUCGGUGAGCACCGGAAUCAGAACCGAGACGUCUUUAAACAGUUUGUCAACUCCGUGGCCACCGUGAGGCAGAUCGACGGCGCGUCUUACGUCACUCUUCGGAGCAAGUUCAGGGGGGGGCAGGCGGGCCCCCCCGCACCUCUGCAGCGCCCCGACGGGGGCAGAACCCCGGCUGCCGCUCCAGAGAGUCACCGACCGAGAGCUGGGCAGGAGCAGGGGGAGGCGGCGUCCAGGGGGCCGCGCGCGGGGGCCCUACCUUCAGCCGGGAUCCUGCCUCCACACAGCGGACCACAGGUCAGCAUCGCCCCCCCACUGCCAGGGGGACCAAGACUAGCACAGGGGGACCCAGAAAGAGGGGGGUCAGCGGUCCCAGAGAGAAGGGCCCCAGCAAGCACAAAGAGAGGGGUGUCGGCUUCUCCAGACAGGAGGGCCUCAGAAAGCCUAUUAAGAGGGGCCCCGGAGGGCCUGGUGAGAGGGGGGCCGCCAGCCUCAGAGAGAGGGACCCCAACAAACCCAGUGAGAGGGGUGUCGGCUUCCCCAGACAGGAGGGCCUCAGCAGGCCUAGUAAGAGGGGCUCCUGCAAGCCCAGUUAGAGGGUCCCUGGAGGCCCCAGACAUUGGGGCCUUAACAGGCCAAGGUAGAAGGGCUCCGGCGGGCCCAGAGAGAGGGGCCCCUGCAUGCCCGGUGAGAGGGGUGUCAGUUGUCCCAGACAGGGGGGCCCCAGCAAGCCUAGUCAGAGGGGCUCCUGCAGGCCCAGUGAGAGGUGCCCCAGCAGGGCCAGGGUUAGGGGGGCCGGCUGCCCCCGACAGGGGGGCCUCAGCAUCCCCAGUGAGAGGGGCCCUGGUGGUCCCUGAGAGAAGAGGCCCGGCAGGUCCAGAGAGAGGAGGCCCCAGCCCUGUGCAGAACAGCCUUCCAGGUCAGCAGGGGCCACCUCCUGGGUUCCUGGCAGGACCUACAUCAGGUGGAUGCCACAAAAAACCAAACCUGCAGACCCCCAUCCAAGAACCCAAAAAAGGCAGCAGGGAGCAACUGCAGCAACAGACGGGGCCCCAGCAGGAGCGCUCCCCUCCUCCCCAAACCCUCCACCCGGUGCAGGUUGUCGGUCGACAUCAUAGACACAGGAAAAGCUACAAAUCGGCUGUUUCUCAAGAUGAUGAUGAUGAAGAUGAUUAUGGAGAAGAAAUCCAGGCAAGAGGAAGAGGUGUGGGGAGGGCUGCCUCUACUACCCCCCCAUGCAUUGUAGACACAGUAGCACCCACCUCUGUCGCUUCUUCAGGAAAAGGGCCCCCGCAGAUCUACAUCCAGUCCACAGAGAGACAGACCCCCACUCAUUUGGGGCCUCCGGGGGCGUGGCAGGCAGGACAGCCAGCUGAGGUCAGGACGGUCCCGUGUGAGUCCACGUCCACCAGGCGCAGCGUGCCUUUAGAAGCAGAGCGCCACGGUGCGCCUGUCCAAUGCGGUGACAGGACUCCGCCUGCAGGAGGCUCACCGCAGUCAAGACCGUAUCGGCGCCAAGGCGCACCUGCCCAACCCACUUACAGGAUCCCACUGCACAUUCCGGCUGCAGGAGGCUCACCACAGCUGGGAUCGCGUCAGCGCCAAGGCGCACCCACCCAACACGGCGAGAGGAUCCAGCUGCACAUUGCACCUCCAGGAGGCUCACCACAGUCAGGACCGGAUCAGCGCCGCAGGCUGUCCCCCAGCCACAGCGGCAACGCCAGCCUCUCCUCUGACGCUCAGGUGUCCAGCAGCGACCACAGCCUUCAGAAUUCCCCAAGAAGGUCUCAGUGCAGCAGCAGCUCGGAGGAUCUGCAGGCCGGAACAGACGGGCCCGGGACGGCUCCUGAAGUCCAGGAUGGGUUCCAGCAUUCCCACAGAUCCCCUUUGACACCUGGGAGCUGCACCUCCAGGAGUAAAGGCCCCCCGGCGCGGCACUGCUCUGCAGGAAAUCUUUGUGAUGAGCACCAGUCUCUGGAUAACUUGUCAGAUCCUCAUGGCUCCACUGACAAAGAUGGCCGCUUUCCCAACCAGCACAUGCAGUGGUUCUUCUCCACAGGUGACCUCUAUGACAACACCGAGGAGGCUUAUUCCAGCGAGGGCCCCUCCUGCUCUCCUCAGCUCCGGCCCCGCCCCCCGGCGGUCCGGCGCGUGGACAGCGCGCUGAGGAGCAGGAUGUGCCUGAGCCUGGGCGCCGACCUGGAUCAGCUGCAGGACAUGGACCCGACGGGGAAGGAGGUGGCGCGGCUGGUUCGCCUGCAGCGAAUCUCCUCUUCGCUCAGCCUCCAUCGCAACCUGUCGUCGUCCUCCCUGACAUCAUGCUCUACGCCUCCUCGCAGCAGCAGCCCCGCCCCCCUGGCUGAUAAUGACGCCCAGAAAGGAGGAAGGGGGAAGGCUUCUCCUGCAACCAGUACUUCCACAGGACCCACUAAUGGGCAGCAGCCGUCCCUGGUCCCGCUGCAUCCCAACGAGCACUCGUGGAUGGUGAAGGCGGCCUCAGGCGCCUGGGGAGACAUCUACUCGCUGUUCAGAGAGGACCCGUCCCUGCUCCACAAACGAGACUUCAUCUCCGGCUUCACGGUGCUGCACUGGAUCGCCAAACACGGCGACCAUCGAGUCCUCAACACGCUCUCGCUUGCAGCUGCAAAGAUGGGCCUGAGUUUGGACAUAAACGCCAAGUCUACGGCCGGGCAGACGCCGCUCCACAUCGCUGCUAUCUACAACAGCAAAAACAUCAUUCGUCUGCUGGUUAACAGUUACUUUGCAGACGUGAGGCUGCGAGACACGGCGGGAAAGAGGCCCUGGCAGUACCUGGAAAAGCCGUCACCGGAAACGCUGGAGGUCCUGGGGGGGGCCCAGCAGUGGGUGGCCGAACAGAAACAGCUUAAAUGCCAGAGGGAAGAGGCCUCGCAGCCACAGAAGCAACGCCAUCACGUCCGCCAUCAAUUCUCUUUUGCUACACCCAAACAGAGGCCCCUGACUUAUAUUGGGAUGGAAAAGGUCAAAAGGUCGACAUCUCUUGCUGCUUUCCUCAAAAGGAGAUCCCAGCCCUUUGAGUUGCAUAAGACUGAGUCCACCGCGUGAGGAGAGCACGAGGUUCUGCAGCAUCAGCAACCAACACUUUACCCUUCCGGGGUCCGAGGCCCGCAUUUAGAGACGGGGGACAAAAAUGGGCUUAUUGAAGAUCCCACCUCCGUGUUUUCAUCCAGCAGCACCUCCGUUAAAAACCACAGAGCACUGAAGGUGAACUUGGGGAUGAAGCUGUUCACAAAUCCACGUUUUCUUUCUCUGCACACUGAUCCGUCUUUACCGGCAGCACGUUUACGCAACCAAGAAUGAGGUGUGAAUCCUUGGAGGGAAGGAUGUUUCAGGGGCUUUAAGGAGGACGUAUCACAUCUAUGAGCUUCUGCUUGUUGGGGGGGGGGGUCUGAAUGGGGGUCUUGUCUCCCACCAGUUCAGACUGUAAGUAAUGAGUGCGGGGCUUUCUGCAGCAGUCAGUGUCUCUGCGUAUCUGCAGCAUCUGAUGCCUGUUUUUUUUCCUUAAAGAAGCAUUUGAAAGGCGCUUAGCAGGGAAUUUUCUGCAGGAAUGCUAAUGCGUUGUUGCAGGAAAAGCUGGAGGGAGACGAGGGUCUAGAGGUAAAGCGGAGCUCAGGUUUCACUGGCUGAGCCGUUGAGACGGCGAGCUGCUGGUCUGGCGGUCAACGCCUCCUGUAGCGCACGCCGGUGACAUGAACAAAGUCCGGCAUCACGUGUCAGCACAGUCAUUGCAGCUCUUUCCACAGCCUGCAUCAGCGCGGGUUUGAGUCCCGGCUGCAUUUUCCGUCGUUCCUCACGUUGGGUACGGUCCAGGCACAGCGGUUAGUUUGGUUUGUGGUCUCCUGCUUUUCCAAAGGCUUUAGCACACAUUGGUGAUGCAUUUACUCUUUGGGGAUUUGGGAUGUAGUCAUGGUGUCCUGCAUGGAUCUCCCCUUAGUCGGACAUUAAAAACAAGUUUAUAUCAUUAGCAACAGCUUUUUGUUCUUUUUUGUCUCUGAUCUCUUUUUUUUCAUUUUUUUUUAAGAAAAUACUUUUAAUGAAGCAAUCAAUAAAGCAAAAUCUUGCUAAGCCUGUUGUUUUCUCUGCUGGUGUGAACGGAUUCCUUUAUGUUGACUGAAACCUGCGGACGACUUUAGGAUGACGCAUCAGUCAGAGCGUCCAGCCACCUGAAGCUCUGAGUUCAGAAAUGCUCUAAAUGUUCUUACUGCAUAACUUCUGCCUCCUCUACACGCUUUUAGUUCGUAAAGAACCGAUUUCCAUGUUUUUGAUGUAAACGUUUUUAUCUCAAGUGCGUGAUGAACGUGCAGUAAAGAGAAAAACAUUUUUAUUCAUAGCUGUCAGAAUCUCCAUCGCCAUGGUAACGGUUUCAAAGUCUUUUUUUUUUUUUUUUUUUUUUUUUAAAUGCGUCCAUUCCUGUCUGAGACCUGACGGUCCAAAACUUUGUUAGACAGACGGCGAGAUGUGUUUUUCUCUUCUGUCUCCAUGGCAACAUGCAUGUUUGCUCAGGGCGGAGGCUUCUUCAGAAACGCCACCGUUGGGGUUGAUGGGUUUGCCGAACAGUUUUCUAGUUCAUCUUGGUUGAACGAGACGGGAACCGGGUCCGUGCUCCUCGCUGCUGGAUGGAGAUCAGGCUGAAGGAACCUGGUUGGGUUCGGCAGGACGUGUCCCAUCAUGCCUGUGUGUUUGUGCACGCGUGUUCUCAGACCUGCGAUGCAGAGCUGUGGCUGUGCGUCCCUCCUUUUUCCAUACGUCCCUGCAGAUGCGGAGCUGUUCGGGGCCACGAAAGCGGGUGAUGAGCUGGACCUCUUCCUCCCCUCUUGGGUCAAAAGCCGACAGAACCAGCGGAACCGGGACCAGCAGAACUGGUUCCGCAGAUGCGUGUGCAGGAAAGGCUUUCCACACCCUGAGAAAGAACAACGGCACUGAAGUCUGGUGCUCCUAAAGGGUCAUGGAAGGUCGGGUUAAAGCGGCAGAACGGGGUCCAGUUCUCAUGCGGGCCCCUGAGUUCUGCAGAUGUGAGGAGGCUUUGCUGAUCGUCUGCUCAUGUUCUGUCUGGAAGGUUCUGCAGACUCCAAACGGUCCUUUACCUUUCCUCUACAGUGUGGUCUAUUUACUUUGUAAUGUUAAACAUUUGUGAAACGUUUUUGUUUGAUUAUAGAACCGGUACAGGAGGAUCUGGUUUUCACCCGCUGAGGUCCUGUGAGGCCUUGGCCAGCCAAAGACCGUCUGUACAUUCAGCUGAGCCUCAGACACUUCACUGCUCCAGAAAGCCUCUGCACGUCUGAUAUGUAACACGCAUGUGCCGCUGCAGCUCCUCGGCUCACAUGUCGAGACGUGUUCCUUCAAAAGUCGGGGAUGAGCCCUGCUACCCUACAGGAAAUCUUUGAGGAAACUCUCCAGUCUUUUUGUGAACUCUGUUCUGUUGUUGCAGCAUGAAAUG